AGAAAAGGGCAAAAACCCAAGCGACGACAGCGAGUUCCAAUCUCUCUUGCUCUGUCAGAUUCCAAGUAGUACCCCAUCUCCUCUCUCUCUCUCUCUCUCUCUCUCUCUCAAUUUGGAAAGAUACUGAGCUUUCUCCAUCGCUUUUCUACGCCCUAGAUUGAUUUGGGGCUCCCUAAUCUCAGCAAGCAGCCGCUCUACUUGAUUCUCCAAGAAUUGAGGGUGGAUGCUCCACAUCUCUAAGGAAAUGAACUAAAUGUGCUGAAGCAACUUGUCUCACAAUGGAAAAGGCCCAAGCUGACUGCCCUUACCCAGGAUGCUUCUUUUGUGUAAUGAAGGAGGGAAAUCCUACUAAGCGAAGAGCCAGUAUACUCAAAUUCUUCAGAGAGCUUCCUUCUCAGGAUGAUGAUGGUCAAGUCCUCCCUAUUAGUGGCCUUUGGAACACUGCCAUGGCUCAUCCGAAUGACCCUGAAUUCAUUAAACUAGGAAUUUUUGAAUGCAUGGCGGCUUUAAUAUGGAAGGGAUUAAAGAAUCGGCGGUGGCUUUCACAUGAUCAGAACAUAUAUAUCCCUUAUUAUGCAGCUCAUAUAAUUGGAUCUUAUACGAUGAAUUUGGAAGAAUUCGCUGAAAGUGCUGUCCAUGCUGGUGUUAUUCCACCCUUAGUUGAGCUAUUAAGAGGUAGAUUAACUUGGGUGGAGCAAAGAGUAGCGGUUAGAGCAUUAGGGCACUUAGCAACAUAUCCAAGUACAUUCGAUGCAGUGGCAAGUCACGGGGAAAUACUUGAGCUUUCCAUUCAACUUGCAUUAAGUUCUCUAGAGAUUGUUUAUUCUCACUUCUAUCAGUUUGUGGAUAGGAGACUUGGUUACCAUUGUGAUCUUCUUACUCGAGGAAUGGGAGGAAUGGAAAUGGAGUCUAGGAAAGCAGAAGAAUGGGCAAGCCAGUUACAAUGCUGGUCACUUCAACUGAUUAAUUGCUUUGCUUUCAAACCUGAAUUUCUUCCUGAUAUAUGCAAGCCUGAGUUUUUAGUAAAAUUGCCAAGUAUGUGGGGUGGACUUGUCAAUGAAAACUCACCGGCAGGUAUUGGUUUACUAAGGACAAUAUGCCAGCAUAAGCUUGGUAGGGGACCUGUUGCUAACUGCCCUGCUGUUAUUGAAGCUUUGUGUAAUAUUGCCCGUUCUUCAGAUGAUUGGCAGUAUAUGGCUAUUGACUGUCUUAUAUGGUUGCUUCAGGAUGCAAGUACCUGCCAUAAGGUGGUAGAUAAAGCAGUGCCAGCUCUUAUAGACUUGGCAGAAAUUUCAACUCUUGGUGAUCAUAAAAGGUUAGGAGACUCUAUUGCUAAUGUCCUUCAAGAAUGUGUCCAAUCACAAGAAACAAAACGCAACGCCAUCAGUAGUCAUAUAAAGGAGCAAAUUGUGGAACUUUUAAGUUCAAAACAGCGGUUCAAAUGGGAAAAGAGCAUGCCAAAGGAAGAUCUACAUAUAAAGCAGGCAGCCGCACUUGUUGUCAAGCUGGAAGGAAACUCUCUAUUCUCCUCAGGAAAUAUAGCAGGAGCUGCAUCGAAAUACUCUGAAGCAUUGUCUUUAUGUCCAAUGAGAUCCAAAAAAGAGAGAGUAGUAUUAUACAGCAAUCGAGCUCAAUGUCAUCUUUUACUCCAACAACCAUUGGCUGCCAUAAGUGAUGCUACAAGAGCAUUAUCCCUUCAUAAUCCUCCUAACCGUCAUGCAAAAAGCCUUUGGAGAAGAGCACAAGCAUAUGAUAUGAUCGGUUUAGCAAAAGAGAGCUUGUUAGAUGCCAUUUUGUUCAUAAAUGAGUGUUCACAAUCAAAUGAUCCUGACUUGACUAUGAAGCAAAACAAGGUUCCGGAUUAUGCUGAGAGGUUAGUGAAGAAGCAAAUGCGUGCUGCUUGGUUAUUUAGAGAAGCAGCUGUGAAGCAUGGAGGGGUUCGAUGUGAGGGUGAUGGUGGAGAUGUUUAUGGCCAAGAGGCUGAUGACUCUGAGUGGGAGACUGCUAGCGAAAGUGAUAUUGGACAUGAUGGAAGGGGAGAAGCUGAUGAUGAUGACGAUGAUGACAGCGAAUGGAAAAAUGACAGUGGGCGAAAAGAGAAGUAUGAUAAGACUUCAGCCAAAGAUAAGAAUCAUAUAUACAAUGUGAUGCAUGCGGAGAAUGAUGUAUGAUUCUUUGGUGUCCUUGCAGCAAAGGCCAUAGUUUCUCUGGCUUUAUNCU